UAUUUUCACAAAAAGAACAAUCUGAGACACAGUGUGAGCCUGCACCCUGGACACCCACACACCCCAAUAAUCCCCCUUCAAAGAGCGAGCCACAUGGGAAGAUUGUUGUCAUUCACUUGCAAGGGGAGAUUCCAGUGCGUCCAGAGGUCUGGGCAAAAAUAAAAAACAACACAAGGGACGCCAUGUUCGUGAAGGAGUUGGCUGUGGCGUUUUGGGGCACCGACACCUUAGGGGAAAGGAGCCUGACUGGAAAGGAAUGCCCCACCACCAAGACCACCAGGCAGCCUCUAACCCUGCAGAAGCUAUGGGGUUUGAAAGCAUGGCUGUACGAGAAAGACGUGGAGGACCAAGAAAUGCUGGCCAGAUUGGCAAAGACCGGAAGAUACAUAACAGAGAAGAUAAUGGAUAUUAACAAGAAAAAGAAAAAAAUACUUUAAACAUUUCUUUUUAU